AUGCCGGCGCACAAAUGGAAGUCGGAGAAAUCCGAGUCGACCAAGCAGCUGAGGAGAGACCCCUACGAGGUUCUAGGGGUCACGAGGAACUCCACAGAUCAAGAAAUCAAGAGUGCUUACAGAAAAUUGGCUUUGAAAUAUCAUCCAGACAAGAAUGCUAAUGACCCUGAAGCAGCUGACCUGUUUAAAGAGGCUACUUUCUCAUAUAACAUUUUGUCUGACCCUGAUAAACGUCGUCAAUAUGACUCAGCUGGUUUUGAGGCCGUUGAAUCUGAGAGCCAGGAGCUUGAGUUGGACCUUUCCAGUUUAGGAGCUGUAAAUACAAUGUUUGCUGCAAUUUUCAGUAAACUCGGAGUGCCAAUCAAGACUACAGUUUCAGCCGCUGUCUUGGAAGAAGCAUUGCAUGGUGUGGUAUCUAUUCGUCCACUUCCCCUGGGUCAAUCGUUGUCUAGAAAGGUUGAAAAACAAAGUGCUCACUUCUAUUCUGUCACGUUAACAGAAAAGGAUGCGCAGGCUGGGUUUGUUUGCAGAGUAUAUUCAACAGAUAAAAGCAAGUUCAAGCUCUUGUACUUUGAUAGAGAAGAAAAUGGGGGAUUAAGCCUGGCUUUGCAGGAGGAUAGUGUAAAAACUGGAAAGGUUACAUCUGCAGGGAUGUUUUUUCUAGGCUUCCCGGUUUACCGCCUCGACCACUCUAGUAACUCGGUGGCAGCUGUGAAAGAUCCAGAUACUGCAUUUUUCAAGAAGCUUGACGGAUUUCAACCUUGUGAAAUAAAUGAACUAAAAGCGGGAACACAUGUAUUUGCUGUUUAUGGUGAUAACUUUUUUAAAAGUGUAAGCUACAACAUUGAAGUUCUUUGUGCUGCACCUUUCACUGAGGAGAAAGAAAAUCUCAGAGCUGUGGAAGCUGAAAUUUUGUCUAAAAGGGUGGAACUUUCCAAAUUCGAAACAGAAUAUCGGGAGGUUCUAGCACAGUUUACAGAGAUGACUGGUAGAUAUGCCCAAGAAAUGCAAGCGAUCGACGACCUUCUAAAGCAGAGGAAUGAAAUACAUGCUUCAUAUACGACUGCAUCCCCUAUGAAGCGCAGUAGUAGUAGCAGAAGCAAGGGUAGAAGUGUGUCCAAGGAGGGAAAUGACGAUGGCCAAGCCAGAGAUAAGAAGCCUACGAGGGAGCGGUCCAAGAAGAAAAAAUGGUUUAAUAUUCACUUAAAGGUUGAUAAAAGGAAGCCUUGCUAA